GGGUCUAACCAACGUUUAGUGGCCACAAUAACAAUAAAGAGUAAAAAAAUCUGUAUUGCUUCAGCUUCUUAUCUUCCAUGGCUUUUUCCAUGAAUCUGAACGCUCCGUUCUCGUUUUAUUCUCCGUCAUUUCCACCUGCUUCUUCCUUCUUAGCUUCUCCAGGAGUUUUCCCUGGAAACAAUCUCCGGAAUGCCAAGAUACACCCACGAACUUGUAGAGCCAUGGUUCAGCAGACUGUUCAAGGCGGAGCAUCCGCUGCUUUUGCUAAAGAGAUGGAAAGGCUUUCUGCUAAGGAGUCUUUGCUUCUUGCUUUCAAAGAUGCUGGAGGAUUUGAGGCAUUAGUAACAGGAAAAAUUAGGGAUAUGCAGCGGAUUGAUGUAAAUGAGGGGAUAAUUGGACUCGAGCGACUCAAUCCCACACCUCGCCCAACAACGUCUCCCAUUUUGGAAGGUAGAUGGAAUAUCGAGUGGUUUGGUUCUGGAAGCCCUGCUGUUAAGGUCGUGCUUGAGAGGUUCCCUCCAUCAUUGGCAAACUUAUCAAGGUUGGAUGUCCUGAUCAAAGAUAGCUACACAAAUAUUACUGCUAACCUGAAAUUGCUUAACUCGAUUGAGAGCAAUUUUAUACUCUCUGCCAAGUUAUCUAUUGAAGGCCCACUGAGAAUGAAAGAAGAAUAUGUUGAAGGGAUACUUGAGUCACCAAAGGUCAAUGAAGAAACUGUUCCUCAGGUACUAAGAGGUGUUUUUGGACAGGCGAUGAGCAGUGUGCAGCAACUUCCUGUUCCUGUUAGAAACGCAGUGUCCAGUGGGUUAAAAAUUCCACUUGGUGGGAGCUUUCAAAGAUUAUUUAUUAUCUCCUAUCUUGAUGAAGAUAUUCUGAUUAUUAGAGAUAGCAGUGGAUUACCUGAAGUCCUUACAAGAUCUGAUUCAGUCCCCGAGGAUGAGUCAAUAGUAAUAACUGAAUUUGAAAGCUGAAGAGUGGAUUCAUUGUGCACGUGGGAUGCAACUUUUUUUCAUCACUUGAUCGAUGCUUCAGAUUAACUUACUUUUCAUCAUCAUCUGCUCUACGACGAGUAUAUUGUAUGGCAUUAUUUUGAUGUUGUCAUUGUAGUCGUACACGUCCCCUUUCCUUUACGUUAUGGUUAUAAUCACUGUCAACGGCAUCCCUUUGUUAUCCAUCAAUAGACUGGGUAAAACCUUUCUUCCAUAUUAAUUCAUGUUGACUGAUGAAGUGGUCGGUUUUUGUAAUGAAUAGAAACUGGAGUUGGUAUAAAACCCUCUUCACUAGCCAGGGGCUAAGCUAUUCAAAUCUGCAUGGUUCGUUUCUGCAAAAACAAUAAAAAAAAAACAGUCAAAUGGCA